AUGAACCUCUGCGUACUCGGCGUAAUUCUGUGGAGUGUCAACGCGUUCCAGUUCGCCUUAGCGGACGACGGAAGCUUUAGUACCGAGAACGCGCGAUUCCGCUGCGGUAUCCGGAAGCGUUUCGGUGUACCGUUGAUCUACGAGGGUCGUACAGCCGAACUUGGGCAAUGGCCGUGGCACGCAGCCUUGUAUCACGGUGAGGACUACAAGUGCGGCGGAACGCUGAUCGAUCAGCACCACGUACUGACAUCGGCCCACUGCGUCAUUGGGAAGAACAAACGGGUUCUGGACGCCAGCUUUGUUUCGGUCCAGCUGGGAAAGAACCAUCUGGACGAGUACCAUGGGCAGGCGCAGAUCAUGAAUGUCAGCAGGAUUCACGUGCAUGAACAGUUUGUAACGAAUCGAAACGACAUCGCGCUGCUGGUGCUGGCCGGUGCCGUUCGAUACUCGGAGUUGGUGAUCCCAAUCUGCACCGAAGGUAUCCAACGGUCCCGGGGUGAAGAUCUGGCAGGGAGGCGUGGUUGGGUGGCUGGGUUUGGAGAGACGGAAAGUUUGGCGCUUUCCAAGGAGUUGAAGACCGCGUCGAUGGCGAUCGUGAACAUCACGGAGUGCGUCCACAGUGAUCCGGAGUUGUACGGUCGAUUCGCUUCGGCAGCAGUUUUCUGUGCAAGCGAUCGGAACGGCACCAGCGUGUGUCGAGGCGAUAGCGGCGGUGGUGUGUACAUUCUCGAAGGUGAUCGUUGGGAGCUACGCGGGAUUACGUCAUUUUCCGGUAAGAACGAAAGAGGUAGCUGUGACGUUGGGAGGUACGUGGUGUUUACAAACGUAGCGUUCUUCUACGAGUGGAUCAAGCGGAGAACCGGAAGGGACGGAACAUCGGAAGUUUUUCCCAGGCGGAUCAGUGAAUUUAAGUGUCGAGAGUACGGCAAAUUUGCUCGCAAACGUCAGAACGGUGUAUGCUACAAUUCGCGAUCUCCUCAUACGGUGGCUAUCGUUGACCGAACCCAGCGUCACAUCGCCAGUGGAAGUAUUAUCAGUGAGAAGUUCGUUCUGACAAAGGCUCCAAGCUUGCUCGACAUUUACAUAUCGGAAGUCGACAGGGACGAUCUGUGGGUGCGCGUUGGCAAUCAACCAGAUAAGAAGAUCGUCCGGGAGAUUCCUCACCCGGGUUACGAUCCGGAAACACUCCGUCACCAGGUGCUGCUGCUGGAACUGAGCUCUGCUUUGACAUUUACGAAGGGAAUGUUUCCGGCUUGCCUAGCCAACCCGGCUACCGAGAAUCUGUACGAUACACUGCUUCUGAAUGGGUACAGUGGAAAAUCUGCCGUUGACUACAACUUUUACGAAAGUGUCGACAACUGGGUCAUUUCCAACGAGCAGUGCAACGCAACGGUUAGGCAAACCCACCGUAAGUACGCCAUCAGCAGUAUGGAGCUGUGCGCCACCGAUCGGUACGAGGGCAGCACCUUCUUCUGGAGCGGCAUCGUUGGUGGGCCAUUGCAGACGGUCAACACGCGCAGCUGUAUGUUUACGCAGAUUGGGGUGACGAACGUUUUGAUACCGCACGAUAAGAGCGGGUCGCAGCGGACUGUUCGCUUCACGAACGUGUACUCGCGGGUGACGGCGUACCUGGACUGGAUCGAGCAACAGGUUUGGGGCAACGAAACGGUUCCGACCGAGUUGGACCCGGAGGACGACAGUGGGGUGGCGCCGAUGGAUGAGGAUUACGAUUAUGAGGAUUAAGUUGGGGAUCAACAAUGAAGUUUGUGGAUACAAAUUUGCAUUUGAUUUUCUCGGCUAUUACUGAACGAAUUUUGGCCGGAUUUGUUCCAUUCGAUCCAGAUUCGGGUCCAAUAUCUAGGUGUUGAAAAUUGUAAAUUUUCCGUUAGUUUUUCAAUAGUUAUACAAACAAACGGUUUUGUUGGAUAUUGAAACCGUUAACGAUUAGGUAAUUCUCUACCAACUC